CCAGUCUUUUUUUUUUUUUAUGUGCACGUUGUAUUAGCAGAUUUUGUCAAUUCAGUAAUGAAGAAGCGUUUGAUACAAAUAUUUGGCUUCUUGAUCUCUUCUUUGGGAUGGCUGUUCAUUCUGUGCACCAUGGCGAUGGACUACUGGAGAAUCAGCCAGAUUGGAGGACAAGGUGGCUCCUUCAUAAUCAAGGUGGCCUGGUACUGGUCCAACCUGUGGAAGGACUGUAUCACCGACUCCACUGCCGUCACCAGCUGUAGAGACUACGGGGUCCUCUGGAGUGUCUUGUAUUACGUCCAGGCAGUACGGGGGUUGCUAAUGUGCGGCUUGACGAUUGGAUUCUUUGCAGUCGUGUGUUGCUUUGUUGGGAUGGAGUGCACUUAUAUCGGUGGAGCGGAACCAACCAAAGACAAGCUGGUCUUUUCUGGAGCCGUUUUUCAUUUUGUUGGUGGUGUGUCAAAUCUUGUUGCCUACUGCUUAUACAUCAACAGAGUUGCCAGAACAGCUUUUGCUACCAAUUUGCCAGCUGGAGAAUUACGAUAUGAAUUAGGACCACCCGUAUUUAUGGGUUUGGUGGGAUGUUUUUUAAUUUUUGGGGGGGCUGUUCUGUAUGCUGUGACGGUCAUCAAAGUAAUCUACCCUGAUAGAAAUGUAAUAGAGGUAUAUGCCAGACCAACAUACAUGCCCCCAUCCUACAGAGGAAGAAGUUUGUACACAGGAUACUACGAACCCUCCCGACUCUAUGGGUCUUACGCCUCAGGACGAUCAAGCAGCAAGAUCUCAAGGCUGUCUCAAGCUACACCAAAACUGUCAGAAAGAGAUGCAUUUGUGUAGUACCGAAGCUUUUUCAAGACUCGCAAAGUCCUGCAGCAGGGUUGUAAAAAAGUGUAUAAUGUCUAACUAAACUGAAUGCAGUGAUUUGGUAGCAUUUUCUAUCAUUACUAUGUUUUUUGUCACUUCUUUUUAUCACUUAGCCAAUUGGUGUUUAGGUUCUAAUAAAGGCAAAGCCUUAGUUUUUGGAUUUCACCAUUUUCAACCAAUUCAUAUGACACCAAGGGUUGUUAUGAAAUUGAUGUGAAAAUGCUCAAAUAUCUUUCAACUUGUAAGUCUGAGGUCAUAGCUUUUUAAUUGGAGGAAUGAGGUAUGCUCACUUUAAUCUCUCCCUCAAGCAAAGCUUCAAGUGUCUCAGUGUUUUGCUCAUGAAAUGCCAAUAGGUUAGAGAAGAAAAUUCGUGGACAGAUUGGGUCCUAUUCUGCAGUAAAUUUCCAAGCUGUCAGGAUGGAGUCAAAAAGUAAAACUUUCUAUUUUUACCCAAUUUCUGGUCUUCAACUUUGACUAUGAAUUAUGAGAGAUAAAUGGGUGGAUGGGAAAACUGCAAAGUCCUGGGGAAUUUGAAGAAACUGAUCCACAGGCUCAGGACAUUUCUGAGAAGUCAUGAACAAACACAGCAGAAGCCUCUAAAAUAACAGUACCUAAUAUAUCCAAAUACACACAAAACUGAAAUAAAUAGAACACAAAUUCCUCAGGUUUGUUUAAAAACAAGAAAGUAAUGCAAAAGAUGUGAAUCAGUGCAAAAAGGACAAGUAUAAAACUAAACAAUUAACAUCUUACUUUUUUCAUCACAGUAAACAUUUUCUGCAUAACAAAGAUAUCAGAUAAGAUAUUGACCAAUAAAAUGUGUUGACCAUUUUGCAAAAAACAACAACAAAGGAAACAAACAAAGAUGUUUAAAGAAACAUCUUUGUUUGUUUAAAGAUGAAACCCAUCUUUAAACAAACAAGGAAGGCGUUUUGCUCUGUCUUGUCAGUUUUGAUACAAACAAGUGAGCAUGAGAAUAUUUUGCGCCCUUUUUAAUUGACUAUCUUUUCAAUUAGGACAUUUUCAUAAAAAGGUUGGACAGCUUUUCUGGAUAGAAAUCAACUGUCCUUCAUAUGAAAAGCAUCAACAAUGUGUUAGUUCAUGUUCUGUGUUUGUCAAGUGGUGCUGUUUUUAUCGUGUUUACUCUUAAUAAUGUGAUUUCAGGCAGCCAUUUGAGUAUCACUUUUUCUGGAGAAGCUGUUUUUGUCAGUAUGAUCA